AUGGCAAACACUCGAGUUGUAAAUACUGGUGGUGAUUUUGUUCGGAAUCCAAACCUACCGGAUCCAGAACAGCAAGCCACUACAUCAAAUAACAGAACGGCUGACGCCAAUCGCGCGGCUGAUAUUAAUGGAGGAGGGGGGCUCUCGUCGUUUUUGAAUCUGUUGUCAUGCUUGCCAAUUUGUGGAAAAAAGGCGAACACUACUCCAGUAGAAAGUAUGGAAGAGGGAAUUGGAGAGUCUUUUUUUAGUUUUGUUAAAUUAGGUUACAAUCAAUUUAUCGUAUUCAAAAAUCUUUUAUUUCUUUGA